AUGGGCAAGUGUAAAGUAGGCUCCUUCCUGUUGGGUCUGCAAAGGGCUGCAAGGAGUGGGCACGGUCGAGGAGGAGGUGGAGCCUGCGCUGGGUCACAGCGUUGCUGCGCACGGAGCCGGGAGCUGUGGAUUGGCUACGGCAGGAGAGACAGAGGCGGAGCCAGGGCAAAGACCCGACCUGCGUCGGCCCCGUGUUAUGACGCGCUGAACCGGGGGCGGAGCCUAAGAGGUGACGCGCGGAGGCGGGGUGGGAUCUGGCGGCCUAGGGAAAAUCCGGACCAGGUGGGGCGCUGCGGGCCGCGACGGCUGCAGUGCGUCCGCCACACCACUAGGGGCCAGCGCGGGCGGUCGGAAGAAUCCAAACCACAGAGCGAGAAACCGGCCAGCGCGGAGCGAGGACGCGGAGCAUCCCAGAUCUUGCCUUCAACAUCCAGAGUUGACCCUGAGAUCCAACCUGGCCGCGCUGACCGAGGAUCCUGCACACCAGAGCUGACCCUGAGCCCCAGGCUAGCUGAGCUGACCCCGGGUUCUGCAUGCCAUCCAGAGAUGACCCUCAGUCCUGGCUCCACUGAGCUGACCCUGGAUCCUGCACACCAGCCAGAGGAGACCCCAGCUCCCAACCUGGCUGAACUGACCCUGGAGCCUGUGCACUGCCGACCUGAGCUCCUGGAUGCCUGUGCUGACCUCAUCAAUGAGCAGUGGCCCCGAAGCCGAGCCUCCCGCCUGCACUCCCUGGGCCAGUCCUCAGAUGCCUUCCCCCUCUGCCUGAUGCUGCUGAGCCCCCGCCCCACACCCGAGUCACUCCCCAUUGUGGUGGGUCAUGCCCGCUUAUCACGGGUGUUGGACCGGCCCCAGAGCCUCCUGGUGGAGACAGUGGUGGUGGCCCGGGCUCUGAGGGGCCGUGGCUUUGGCCGCCGUCUUAUGGAGGGCCUGGAGGCUUUUGCUCAGGCCCGGGGCUUCCGCCGGCUGCACCUCACCACCCACGACCAGCUGCAGUUCUACGCCCACCUGGGCUACCAGCUGGGUGAGCCUGUGCAGGGCCUGGUCUUCACCAGCCGACGGCUGCCUGCCACCCUGCUCAAGGCCUUCCCCAGAGCACCCCCUCCCCAGCCACCCUGCAAGCCUCUUAGUCUAACUGCCCAGACUGCCCCAAGAGCCCCCAAGGGGCCGGCACUGCCACCACCCCCUCCCCUGCCUGAGUCCUUGACCACCUCACCCCCACCUCCUGCGAGGCCCCCUCCACAAAGUCUGCUGGAGACACAGUACCAGGACCUGAGAGGAUGCCCUAUAUUCUGGAUGGAAAAGGACAUCUGAGGGCUACCCAUGGCAAAGCACUACUGUCUACAGGGUCGAUGGACUGCUUAGGACAGUACCAGCCUCAUAUGGCCUCAGUACCCCCAUUGGCCAUAGCUCAGUCCCUAGAACCUGGAAGCUGCUUGUUUCCCAAGCACCAGCAAGGCUGGGAGAGGCUCCACAGCUGGGGCUCGGAGCUGUCAGUGUGGCUGAAUAAAGGCUUCUGAUGGGUGCGGC